AAAUUUGUGUUUCUAUUGUUGUAUUUCAUGUGAAAGUUCGGAAAAUUUAGCUGUUUGUUUGGUAUAUGUGAUAUUUGAAUCUUAUGGCGGGUAGACAACUAGGUUUCCCCAAGACGAGUGGUUGUAACUUGAAAGAGCAAUUAGUGAGGAGAACUUUGAAUAAUGUGAGGUCUCAAGGACAUACGUAUAUUGAGCUUAGAGAAGAUGGGAAGAGAUUAGUCUUUUUCUGCACGCUAUGUCAUUCGCCGUGUUAUAGUGAUUCUGUUCUGUUUAAUCAUUUGAAAGGUAGUCUUCAUACUGAAAUGGUCGCAGCUGCUAAAGCCACAUUGUUGAAGCCGAAUCCAUGGCCGUUCAAUGAUGGUGUGCUUUUCUUUAAGGAUUUGGAGCAUGAUAAGCAGCACUUGCCUAUCGCGGAUGUUGGUCAAAGCAGGCUGGUUGGCACGUGUCUUGUAGAUGAAAGUAGCCUUGCUAUUGUUGAGUAUGGUGGAAAUUCGAGACCUAAUGGGGAUGUACCUGAUCUCGAGGAUGAGUACUGUGAGUUGACUGGUAAUGGACAGAGUGAUAACUUGGUUAUUCCGGGUGUGUUGUGUAAAGAUGAAUUAUCUGAUCUAGAAGUGAAUCUUAUUGGUAUUGGACAAAUUGCUGUGCGGCUUACUGUGCAUGACAUUGACUCUAAAAGCAUUCUUAAAAUAUGGUGUGAAUGGUUGGGAAAGAUUGAUUCUGAUGAUAUCGAUGUCUCUGUGGUGCCAGAUCAUGACUUUGCGGUUGUUACAUUUCCUUAUAACUAUAAUUUGGGUAGGAAGGCGUUACUUGAUGACAGAUUUUUGCUCCCCUCCAGUCCUUAUUCGGAAUCUGAGGAGACCAUAACCAUUGGUGCUGGAAACAAGAGGAGGAGGAAGUCAUUUUCGGACCCGGAGGAUAUCAGUGAGUCUUUAAGUAAUCAGUGUGAUUCUUCUGGGGAAGAAUCUCAAUCAACAAAUAGCUCAAAUAUGAGACUGAUAUUGGGAACACGUGAUGAUCAACUAGUGGGUUCAAGAAUUAUAUCCAGCAAAACUAUGAGGAAAGAGUUGAGGAAACAGCAGCGAGUAGCUUCUGAGAGAAUGUGUGAUAUCUGCCAACAGAAAAUGCUUCCUGGUAAAGACGUGGCAGCUCUACUGAACAGGAAAUCUGGAAGACUUGUUUGCAGCAGUAGAAAUUUGACAGGGGCGUUUCAUGUGUUCCAUGUAUCCUGCCUGAUUCACUGGAUACUUCUAUGUGAAUUGGAAACUUAUGGAAAACCUGUCGACNCCCCCCCACACCCACACACCCACACACGGAAAACAACAACAACAACAACAUACCCAGGAUAA